GGGUUGGAGGGGGAGUUUCCCAUUUUGGAUCUGUUAAGCGAAUGUGACCUUGAUGAGAUCCCGCAGUGACUUAUUUUGUGCUAUUAGAGAAAAAAAGAAAAAAAAUUUUUUAAACCAAACCCCUCGGAAUAGAAUUCCCUUCUCCUUUCUUCGCUGCUCUGUGCUUAUCAUACGCACGAAUGAUGAUGAUGAUGAUGAUGAUGAAGGCUGUUACGGUGUCGUUUUUGUUAGUUGUAACUCAGCUUCCCUUGGUUCUGGGUUCCCCAUCUACGGCUCCUGCUUUUUUCUGGUCUUCUCACCACGACCAUGAGUUUUCAAACAACAGAAUGGAUGAAGCAGUGAAUUAUCAGACCAUUUCUUCAAGGGAUCUUGCCAGGUCUAUUCUGGCUCAAGGAGGCUGGUCAAACUUACUGUGUUCGGAAAAGAAACUUCAGCAGUCUGUGGAUCUAGCACUUGUUUUUGUUGGUAGAGAGCUGCUGUCCUCAGAUAUUUCCGCAAGCAAAAAUGCAGACCGAGCUCUUGUGAACAUGCUCAAGGUCUUUUUUACAAGGUCUAGUUUCUCCUUGGCAUUCCCAUAUGUUGCUGCAUCAGAGGAGACGAUGGAGAAUUCUUUGGUUUCAAGUUUUGCAGAAAAUUGUGGGAAGGACAUAGGAAUGAAUAAUGUUGCCUUUUCGGAGUCAUGCUUUAUAAAGGGUGACAACUUUCAAAAGCUUGCAGAUGUGCAUGCAGUUCAUGACUAUCUGGUUUCAAAGAUGGAAAAGAGAACAAAUGGGCAAGCAGAUCUGGUUGUAUUCUGCCAUGAGGGCUCCUAUUCUGCAAAAGGAUUUGAGGAACCACAAACUGAAAGUGAAAUUUUGUUUGAGCUUAUCAGUUCUGUGGAGACACUAGGGGCAAAGUAUGAAGUACUCUAUCUUUCAGAUCCAUUUCGAUCAAUCCAGUAUCCUUCUUAUCGAGAACUGGAAAGAUUUCUUGCUGAAGGUACUGCUGGAUCAUUCAAUUCCACAAUUUGUGAUGAAGUUUGCAAGAUCAAAUCAUCGCUUCUGGAGGGAGUUUUAGUUGGGAUCGUUUUGCUUAUCAUUUUAAUAUCAGGCCUUUGCUGUAUGAUGGGCAUUGAUACCCCAACGAAAUUUGAGAUACCCCAAGACUCUUAAUAGGCUUCGGUCAGAUAAUACCUUUGCAUUGUGCACCGAGCCUUCUGUUCCAGGUACUAGUGGAUGAGAUUAGUUAUCUAUAAUCUAAUAUUCAGUUGACACAGAUGUUGCCCUGUGAUUAUAGUCCAUUUGGUAAGGGCAUUAUAUGAUGUUGGUAAUAACGAAGCACAGUAUUUAUUUUAUUUUAUUUUUUUUGCGUGGACGUUGUGUGCCAUUGGUAUUUUUGUUGCAUCCUUGGGCAUUGUAAUCAUUUGUUCCUUGAGUAGAUAUUAUGGGGAAAAAAAACUUCAAUUGCAACAAAAAUUUAAGAUCAGGUUCAAUAUGUUGGCCUCCAAUGUUUGAGUAGAAAAUGUAAUAGAAAUGCACAAAGGGGAGUUCCAAA